UCCUGCAGCAAGAAUACUACUACUACUGCUAAUAAUAAUAAAAUAAAAUCUCAAAGAGACUAUGUCUUUUGUCGCCAUGACAUACUGCCAGGGAUCCUGGUGCCUGCUGCCCUUGCUUCUGCUGUUCACAAUCUGGGAGGCAGGGAGCGGCCAGCUCCACUACUCCGUCCCCGAGGAGGCCAAACACGGAACCUUCGUGGGCCGCAUCGCUCAGGACCUGGGGCUAGAGCUGGCGGAGCUGGUGCCCCGCCUGUUCAGGGUGGCGUCCAAGGACCGCGGGGACCUUCUGGAGGUAAAUCUGCAGAAUGGCAUUUUGUUUGUGAAUUCUCGGAUCGACCGGGAGGCGUUGUGCGGGCGGAGCUUGGAGUGUAGCAUCCACCUGGAGGUGAUCGUGGACCGGCCGCUGCAGGUUUUCCACGUGGAGGUGGAGGUGAGGGACAUUAACGACAAUCCGCCCGUGUUUCCUCUUAGAGAACAAAAGCUGCUGAUUUAUGAAUCCAAGCAACCAGACUCGCGUUUUCCGCUAGAGGGAGCAUCUGAUGCCGACAUAGGGGAGAAUGCUGUAUUGGUCUAUAGAUUAAGUCAAAACGAGUAUUUUUCUUUAGAAUCACCUACAAAUAGCAAGCAGACUAAAAGACCGUCACUUAUAUUAAAGAAGACGCUGGAUCGGGAGAAAACCCCGGAACUUAAUUUGCUACUGACAGCCUCAGAUGGGGGAAAGCCGGAACUCACUGGUACAGUUCAGCUUUGGGUUCGUGUUUUAGAUGUUAACGACAAUGACCCGGAGUUCGAUCAUUUAGAAUACAAGGUAAGAAUAAUGGAAAAUGCUGCCAACGAAACUCUUGUCAUAAAGUUAAACGCCACAGAUCAAGACGAAGGUGUGAACGGGCAACUGGAGUACUCUUUGAUGUCAAUCAAGCCCAGUGGAAGGUCUUUAUUUACACUAGAUGAAAACAACGGAGAAUUGAGGGUCAACGGAACUUUAGAUUAUGAAGCAAACAAGUUUUAUGAAAUUGAAGUGUUGGCUACGGAUAAGGGGAACCCCCCAAUGGUAGGUCACUGUACGGUCUCGGUAGAAAUCUUAGACAUCAAUGACAAUGCCCCUGAAGUGACACUGACUUCCCUGUCCCUCCCAGUAAGAGAGGAUGCUCAGCCAAACACAGUCAUUGCUUUGAUUAGCGUAUCCGACCUUGACUCUGGAGUCAACGGCCAAGUGACCUGCUCUCUCACACCCAAUGUACCCUUCAAGAUCGUAUCUACCUUUAAGAACUAUUAUUCCCUGGUAUUGGAUAGCAGCCUGGACCGCGAGAGGGUGCCAGCCUAUGAUUUGCUUGUGACAGCCCGGGAUGGGGGCUCACCCUCACUGUGGACCACUGCUAUAGAUAGGGUAGAGGUAAUAGAAAUCCAUGAAGGUGUGAGCAGGCACAUCUACCGUAAAUGA